AUGGUUGAGGCGCCUCAAGAGCCGGAUUUUGCGGGGCAUCAGCAAGCAGACGACAGGAAGGGGGGGCGCCUAAGGAUGGUGGAGGCGCCUCAAGAGCCGGCUUGUGCGGGGCCGCUUCACCCGAAUGGUAGAGUGGCGGGAGGGAGGAAGAGGCGGGGAGCAGAGGCGUGGGACUCGGGGAUGCAGCAAGGCGAGCAAGGGGAAGAGAGGGAAGGGGAUGAGGAGGAGGACGUGGUGGAGGUGGAGGUGGAGGGGGAAGACGUGGGGGCGGGCGCGCUGGAAGAGCUGGAGAUGCGGAUGACAGCGCUGCAAGAGAGGCACUUGAAGCUGCGCCGAAGGCUGCUGGGGUGA